CACAACUCUCACUCAGAAACAUCAACGACAAACGGUUAUAUCAGUCUUUUUAGCAGUUGAAAAUGGCAGACGUGGCAGCAAAGGAGAGGAGGAUACUAGUGGCCGUCGAUGAAGGAGACGAGAGCAUGCACGCACUCUCCUGGUGCCUCAGCAACCUCAUCUCCGAGAAUUCCAAAGAUGCCCUUCUCCUCCUCUACGUCAAACCCCCCCGCGCCGUUUACUCCACCCUCGACGGCACCGGGUAUUUGUUUUCGUCCGAUAUAAUGGCGGCCAUGGAUAGGCACGGUUAUGACGUGGCAGAAUCCGUUCUUGAAAAGGCCAAGCGGAUGUGCAAAGACCUUCACGAUGUUAAGGUGGAGAGUAUAAUAGAGGAUGGUGAUCCGAGAGAUGUGAUUUGCCAGAUGACACAGAGAUUGGGUGUUGAUGUGUUGGUUAUGGGUAGCCGUGGUUAUGGCCUGAUUAAGAGGGCUUUCCUUGGAAGUGUGAGCAAUCACUGUGCACAGAAUGUGAAGUGCCCUGUUUUGAUCGUCAAGAAGCCCAAAUCUACUGUUGCAAACAACUGAUGCAUUUUUUUUUUCUGUCUCUUCAACCUCUUAUGUGGCUCUUGUACAAAAAUUUUCUUGCAGGCCCUUGUAAUAUAUAUAUAUAUAUAUUGUUUUUGGGGUUCCAG